GAGGUGUGGCUUGCAGAGAAGAUGAUCAGAAGGAGGAGCUCACAAAGCUUGCCUGUUAAUGUUCAUCUGGCUGUGAGGAAGUCAGUUCCUCUCCUCUUCUCUCCUCAUCAGUCAAGCUUCAAGAGGAAUCUGAUGUUUCAAAACCACACGUCAGAGUGUUUUCCAAAGAUGGGAGAACAAGACCCCAGUGACCGGCUGAGAGGAGACCAGCUGAAAGAGACGAAGGAAAAUGGCACUGGAAGUUUCUCCCAGUUCUCCUCAAGUGUGCGAGCCAUGGUGCGCAUUCGCCAGAAGUACCAGGCCAUGAAGAAACGCCGUCUUGAGAUCGCAGCAGUGUCGUCCCAGAGCUUUAUGUCGCCACGGUCCAGCCCAAAGGUUUUCACCUUUGACAAUCUUCCAGACACCAUAAACUCAAACACCACUUCCCCACGCAAGCGGAAGAAAAAGAGGAAGGCACGGGUUUUGUAUCCAAGCAGCAGCUUGAGAGCUGUACCCACAAAAGAGAGAAGCCGUGCAAAGAAAUGCCUCUACUUGCUGUUCAUCAUCGUAUUUCUACAAAUUUACAAUGCCAUUGAGAACUUGGAUGACCAUGUGCUUAAAUAUGAUCUAGAUGGACUGGAGAAAACCCUUAAAAGGGAAGUCUUUGGCCAACAAGAAGUUGCAGACAGUCUUCUGGGUCAUUUGCAUGAUUAUUUGUCAACUUAUGUCCACAAUAAGCCUUUAGUGUUGUCGCUUCACGGACCUACUGGAGUUGGGAAGAGCCACGUUGGCCGAUUACUAGCUCAGCAUUUCCGCUCAGUUGUUGGCGAGGACUUGGUGAUGCAGUACUUCAUUCUACACCAUUGCCCAACAGACGACGAUAUCCCACAAUGCACCAAAUCUCUGGACUCUCACGUCACAGAAAUGGUGACUCAGGCUGAGGAACAGGAAAAGAUACCGGUCUUUAUCUUCGAUGAGGUGGAGCACAUGCCCAGGCAGUUGCUGGACACACUGCAAGACCUGAUUCAUCCCAAAAACAACAACGAGUACUUAAACGCCAUCUACAUUCUCAUCAGCAACCUGGGACAUGAAGACAUCACCAAAUUCGUUCUGCAAAACUCCAGCGUUGCCGUCUCAGGCCGUCUGAGCUUGAGUCAGGAACUGAACCCUUGGCUGCGAGGCUAUCUUGAAAGAUACCACAUGCUAUUUUUGGAGGCAGACAUCCUGCCAUUUAUGCUUUUGGAGAAGAGCCACGUAUUAGAUUGUUUUAUUGACGAGAUGUCCAGGGAAGGAUUCUACCCUGAUCGCUCCCACGUUGAAAAGCUUGCUGAAGAACUAUCAUACUAUAUAGUUGGUGAACGGGAAUUUUCUCAAACCGGAUGCAGGCAGGUUGUGGCAAAAGUGAACCUUCUUUGAAACAAAAUCUGCCGUGCAGAUGUUCAAUGUGAGGAAAACCAUUUUGUCAAAUUUCAUUGUGCAUUCAGUGAAAAAAGUGUUGUACUGUUACAGUACCGUAAAGUUUGGGGUUGGUAAAAUUCAAAUUCUCUUCUGCUCAUCAAGGCUGCAUUCAUUUGAUUAAAAUUACAGUAAAAAACUAAUUGUUUUCUAUGUGAAUAUAUAUGUUAAAAUGUAAUUUAUUUCCUUAAGAAAAUCCUUCAGAAAUCAUUGUAAUAUGGCAAUUUGUUGCUCAAGAAACAUUUUUAAUUUAGAAACCAUGAUAAAUUUUGUUCAGGAUUAUUUGAUGAAUAGAACAUUUAAAAAUACCAUUCAUUUAAAUAUUAAAUCUUUGUCACUUUAUAAGUUUAUCUACUGUCACUUUUAAUCAAUUUAAUGCAUCCUUGUUGAAUAAAAGUAUUAAUUUAUUUGAAAAUAACAAUCAUCUUUCUAACCCCAAUCUUUUCCUUAUUCAUGUACUAUGAAGCAAGUCCAUAAAACAAGCACAACUCAAAAUAAUUCAAUUUUUCUUUGUUUAUUAGAAUUUCUCAAUUUCUACUGGAGAAUUGAGGUACAAAGACCAACUUACACAAGAUUGUAAAAUUUGUUAUUAUAUAUAAUAACAAUAUAUAUAAUAGUAAUAUGGAAAAAACAGUUGGUUUUCAUAAAAAAUGUAAUGCACAAAAAGCUCUUUUGUACACCGAAACACAUUUGAAAUGGUUAGCUAGCGGCAUUUCUUCCCACAAUGCAGAGUUGCUCUCUAGCCAUCAAUGAGUGUGUAAUAGAUAGUGUUGCAAGCUCUAAAAAUAUAUAUGCUGUCUGUUCAGUUUCCUGUGGGGCCUAAAGCCCUAGAAGUGCAACAUAGCUCUAAUGCAGCAUCCUGAGAAAUAACCUCAACCAUGCAAAUUUAUGACCGACGCUAUAAAUCCAACGCAAGUGCUUAGCAUGCCCUGACAUCACCAGAGAAACACACUCAAAUCCACUGCUACUUGUGUAAUCUGGUUUGCUGCAGGUGCUCUACGUAAAUAUUUCCCUUAGAUGGCCAGGUUUUACGGCCGGUUGAGAUCGAAUAACUCAGCUCCCACAAACUUGCAAAAACUGUCAACAUGCCGCUAAGUGUUUUUAGUCAUCGAGUGCUAGUGUGUGAUGUAGGAAGGACAACAUGGGGAUUGGGUCCCUCUUCUUCUGUGUCUUUUGCACUACGGCAGCUAUGCUUCCAGUUCAAACCCCAGUCCUACUUUGUGUCCGCCGGUGUUGAAGUUUUUUCCAUCGAUCAAGGCUGAGAGAGUGAGUUUCACCCCUUUACAAUGGGGGAAAAAAAACAUUAAAAGAUACACAAAGAUGUUAAUAAACAUCCUUAAAAAAUAAAUCAUUGGUCACAAGAUGACUGAAAUAGAAUACUAGUGUAUUACAUAUUGUGAAAUAUAUACCAUGUACUAUUUAUUAAUACAUUUUGAAUUUUUUUUUGGCGACUUGUAUGCAGAGAAUGCUGUCACAUAAUCUCACCGUUGCUUGCAUGUUUAAAUUAGUGAAAUAAAAAUUUUUUAAAAAUA